AUGGAUGCGACGCCGCUAUUGCUUAAUAAAUUUGCUGGUAAGCUCCAUCUACUUGCAGACAACGGCGAUUACCUGCCGGCGAAAGGCUUCCGUCAAUGGAAGUCGGUGUUUUGGCUUGAGACAUUGAAUUUAUGGAUGAUCGGAUUUCCGAUAACCAUAACGAUGAUAUGUCAGUUCGGAAUUAGCUCUGUAACUGACAUCUUCGUUGGUCAUCUCGGAGUCAUUGAGCUGUCCGCCAUCACAAUUGCUACCUCCGUCGUUGGCACCUUCUCCUUUGGUUUUCUGUUGGGUAUGGGAAGUGCACUCGAGACGCUAUGCGGUCAAGCUUUUGGUGCGGGCCAAGUUCACUUGCUCGGUGUUUAUAUGCAACGCUCAUGGAUCAUAUUAUUCGUUUCCUGCAUCGUCAUCAUCCCGAUAUAUAUCUUCGCCACUCCCAUCCUCAAGCUCCUCGGUCAGGAUGACGACAUCGCUAAUCUGGCCGGAGUUUUCUGCAUCCAAACCAUCCCACAGUUGUUUUCACUUGCCUUCAACUUCCCAAUCCAAAAGUUCCUUCAAGCCCAAAGCAAAGUGAAUGCAGUUGCUUGGAUCGGGUUUCUGGCACUAGUCGCACACACCAUUCUCAUAUGGCUCUUUGUGUGCAUAUAUGGAUGGGGCACAACGGGUGCAGCCUGGGCGUUGAAUCUUUCGAGUUGGGGUAAUGUUGUGGGUCAGUUUGUUUACAUUGUUUACUGGUGUAAAGACGGGUGGAAUGGGUUCUCAUCGGAGGCGUUCACAGACAUUUGGGUGUUUGUUAAGCUCUCGAUCUCAUCGGCUGUGAUGUUGUGUUUGGAGAUAUGGUAUAUGAUGAGUAUCAUCAUUCUAACCGGCCAUCUUAAUAAUGCAGCGACCGCCGUUGGGUCUCUCUCGAUCUGCAUGAAUGUUAAUGGAUGGGAAGCUAUGGUGUUCUUCGGAAUCAAUGCUGCGAUGAGUGUUCGGGUAUCAAAUGAGAUCGGGAUGGGGCAUCCAAGAGCGAUCAAAUACUCUGUGUAUGUCAUAAUUUUCCAGUCUUUCAUGAUCGGGCUUCUGUGCAUGGUGAUUGUGGUGAUGACAAAAGACGAUUUCAGCAUUAUUUUCACCAACAAUGCAGCGUUGAUAAAAGAAGUUUCUAGCCUUGCAUACCUUCUUGGCGUGACGAUGAUUCUUAAUAGCAUUCAACCAGUAAUUUCAGGUGUGGCGGUAGGAGGGGGAUGGCAAGGUCUCGUUGCUUAUAUAAAUUUGGGGUGUUACUACGCAUUUGGAAUUCCUCUAGGCAUUUUUCUCGGUUACACGUUCAACUUGGGCGUGCAGGGAUUGUGGGGAGGCAUGAUUUGUGGGACUGCCCUUCAAACAUUGCUCCUCCUGCUUGUGCUUUAUAGAACUGACUGGACCAAAGAGGUGGAGCAGUCGAUAGAGCGACUCCAAAUAUGGGGAGGACAAAAGGUGGAGAAAGGAACCGAUAUAUAACAACGGUUAGCUCGAUGUAGUCGUAAAUAGUAGAUGUUAGUUUAAGGAUCGUCAUAAGUUUGUUUAUCGAAGGUUCAUUUACGAUGAAUGAAGCUUAAUU